UGCGAAAGUAUUAUACGUGCGUAUGGAGGGGAUCGGUGGUUUCGUCGCGUGUGCUGUAUAUGGCUUAUCUUGUUCUGCCUGAGAGGUCUGUGUCCUGAAAUACUUCUGCAGAGCUUCCAGUCAAGACAAGCUUCAGGAUGAUCACAGAGCCAUACAUCGACAAAGUGGUCGCUGACUCGGCGGCCUUCUUGCGCAAUGUGCCACUGCACCAGAUGGCGCACGAGGUGCUGACCGUGCCGGACGUGGUGGCCGAGAUCCGCGAUAAGGCGACGCGCGAGCGUCUCCAGGUGCUGCCAUAUGACCUGAAGCUGAGGGAGCCGAGCGACGAAUGCGUCCGCCUCAUCUCCGACUUCGCCAGGGAGACGGGUGACUUCCGCUUCCUCUCGCUGACGGACGUGCGCGUGCUGGCGCUGACGCUGCAGGUGACGCGCGAGACAGUGGGCGCGGCGCACUUGCGCCUGCGGCCACCGGCCGACGCGCGCCCCCAGCUGCACCACUACCACCCGCGCCAGGGCGGCGGCCGCGGCGACGACGGCGGUGGCGGGGACUCCGGCGCGGCGGACCCGGCUGAUGAGUGGAGGGACGCUGGCGGGGGCGGUGCGGCCGACCAGGACGCGGCCGAGAACGCCGACGACCCGCCCAGCGAGGAGAUGUUUGACGCCAAGGAGACGCCCGACGACGACACGGGUGACGAGGCCAGCGACGGUGUCGACGAGGCGAACGGGGACGACGGCGACGACAGUGACGGCGACGACGGCGGCUGGAUAACGCCCGGGAACAUUCAGGCAGCCAAGUCCACACUGAGCGCGCAGGCUGGCGAAACGGAAGAACCGGUCAAGGUUGCCUGCAUGACGACCGACUUCACCAUGCAGAACGUACUGAAAAAGAUGAACCUGGAGAUGGUGUCGGUGGAAGGCCGGCGCAUCAGUCAGGCGCGUCGCUUCAUCUUGCGCUGCUUCGGCUGCAUGCAGACCACGCCGCGCAUGGACAAGACGUUCUGCCCGUGGUGUGGCAACAAGACGCUCAAGCGUGUAGCCGUCACGUUGCGGCCGGACGGGACGCAGCAGAUCCACAUCUCGACGCGGAAGGAGAUCAGCAAGCGGGGCACCAAGUUCUCGCUGCCGCUGCCUCGCGGCGGCAAGUACUCGGUGUCUCCGAUCCUGUGCGAGGACCAGCCGGUGCCGCAGCGACGCGCCACCGCCCGUUCCCAGGCCCAGAACGCCAUCCUGUCGGAGGACUUCGUGGCCGGCGGAUCGCCGUUCUCGCUCAACGACGUCAACUCGCGCGCCGCCCAGCUCGGCAGGAACGCCCGCCUCAGGCACGUGCCCAACUGGGAGCGGCGCAACCCGAAUGCGCGCGCGCCACCUACCGGCAACAAAAAGAAGCGCAGGAAGUGAUAGCGUAUUGCAGAGGGUGGUGC